GGGGGUGCGGGUCUGUGGGGCGUGGGUGUGUGUACCCGCGCCUCGAGCGCCGUGCGGUCAGAUGCCGCCUCACAGGACGCGCCUCCCUGGGAGGCGGGAGCGGGCCGGCAGGUCCUCGAUGCUCGCCCCUUGUGAGUCCGCGGUUGGGCGUUGGGGUGGGGCUGGAGCUGAGGGUGAUGUCAAACCCGGUCGUUCGGACUCCAAGAAAAACCUGGCGUCUCACGAAUCCUUUCCGCUCCCCAGUUCCGCCUUCUCAAGAGGGGCGCCUGAAGGAGGACGGAAUGGCUGUAGCAUGUCUAGAAACCGCUUAUGAGAGGGUGGUGGUGUUCAGUGAUGUGACUGUGGAUUUCUCCCAGGAGGAGUGGGACUGCCUGGACUCUGUGCAGAGAGUUUUAUACAGAGACGUGAUGUUGGAGAACUACAGCAACCUAGUCUCAGUGGGACUUUCCAUUUCUAAGCCAGCUGUGAUCUCCUUACUGGAGCAAGGGCAGGAGCCCUGGACAGAUGACAGAGCACCAGCUAGAGGCCAGUGCUCAAAUCAAGCAUCAAAGUCUGUGACCAGGAAACCAUCUUUAAGGAAAAAAAUUAGUAAUGUAAAAACAUUCCAAUUGGAGUUAAUGGAAAGAAUUAGAAAGCCAAGUUCAAGUGUCAGAGAUGUUUGGGAGUAUAAAGAUCAGUUUGAGAGACAAAAGUCGCAUCAGGAGGCACAUUUAAGCCAAGUAAUAAUCACUCAUGAAGAUGUACCUGCUUUCAAACAGCAUGUAUCUCUUACUCUACAUAAAAAAAUUGAAAAUGAAGAGAAACCAUAUGAAUGUAAGGAAUGUGGGAAGACUUUUAGUCGUGGCUCACAACUUACUCAACACCAGAGAACUCAUACUGGUGAGAAACCCUAUGAAUGUAGGGAUUGUGGGAAGGCCUUUAGUUGUGGUUCAGCACUUACUAAACAUCAAAAAAUUCACACUGGUGAGAAACCUCAUGAAUGUAAGGAAUGUGGGAAACCUUUUAGUUGUGGCUCAGACCUUUUACGACAUAGAAGAAUUCAUACUGGUGAGAAACCCUAUGAAUGUAGACAAUGUGGGAAGGCUUUUAGUUGGAUCUCAUACUUUUCUCAACAUCAAAGAAUUCAUACCGGUGAGAAACCAUACGAAUGUAAGGAAUGUGGAAAGGCUUUUAGAACUAGCUCAUACCUUUCCCAACAUCAGAAAAUUCACACUGGUAAGAAACCAUAUGAAUGUAAGGAAUGUGGAAAGACAUUUUGUUGGAGCUCCUAUCUUACCAAACAUCAGAGAAUUCAUACUGGUGAGAAACCCUAUGAAUGUGUGGAAUGUGGGAAGGCCUUUAAUAAGAAAUCAAAACUUGUUCAGCAUCAGAGAAUUCAUACUGGUGAGAAACCUUAUGAAUGUAAAGAAUGUGGAAAGGCCUUUACUAGGAGUUCAAGCGUUAUUCAACAUGAGAGAAUUCAUACUGGUGAGAAACCCUAUGAAUGUAAGGAUUGUGGAAAGACCUUUAGUUGUAGCUCAUACCUUUCUCAACAUCAGAGAUUUCACACUGGUAAAAAGCCCUAUGAAUGUAAAGAAUGUGGGAAGGCAUUUAGCUAUCGCUCAAACUUCACUGUACAUAAGAAAAUGCAUACAGGUGAGAAACCCUAUGAAUGCAAGAACUGUGGCAAGGCCUUCACUAGGAGCUCAAGCUUUAUUCAACAUCAGAGAAUUCAUAAUGUUGAUUAACCCAAUGAUUGAAAGGACUGUGUAGAAGACCUUUUCUUGGUUCUGAGUCUACAUAACUGAAGAGAAUACAAACAGUGGAAACACCCUAUGAAGAAAAUAAAUGUUGGAAAACAUCAAUAGUUCGAACUUAUUUGGCAUCAGAAGUACCCCAUGAGAGUAACCAUGGGGAUUUACCUUUUAAAAUUAAUAUCUAUAAUUUUUUUUCAUACUCAAUUUUUCAAACCAUUUCAAAUCUUACUCCAAAAUAUGAAAGUGCCUAAACUGGUCAUUUUCCCUCAAAUUCUUAUCUCAGCACCAUGUAAUUAUUAACUCAUCUCACUUUUAUGUUUCCUCUUGUUGAUCUAUAUAUUCUUAUUUAAGUUAGCCUUAUGUUUUGGGACCCUUUUUUCUACUAACUUGAUCCUAAAUAUCUCUGCUUGCUCUCAUUAUUUAGUUAUAUAAAUUUAAUACUUUAUAAUAACUGAAAUAUAUCUUUUUGUUUGAAAAGAUUGCUUUUAUUUUUCCUU